AUGAAGAAAGCGGAUGACAAUGACGAACCUCCUCCUUCGCCUCCCAUUAAACUUGUGACGCCGUCUCAAGGCCGUCAUGGAAGCAGCCGACAGCAACCCGUGGUGUACCAAGUCUAUGGAGGUGCGCCAGGAUCCCGAAGUGUCUUUCCAGGUGGAUUCUCCCCAGUCCGAACAACGCGGCCGUUGCAACACAGUAUCUCGCCACCAUCAGAAUUACACGAGAACGAUGAGACGCCGUCGGAGCUUUAUGCCAGCUUUUCUCCCCCAAGAGGAGGCCCAUCGCUCCGCAGUAGACAUCCUGGACAUCCUUUGCGGGUUCCUUCCAACCACAACCAGAAAACGUCGAUUUUCCGACCCAAACAAGCUUCCAUCAUUGUUGCAAGUGGGGGUUCACAUGAUGAUCACUCGUCGAUCACCUUUGGGUCGAAGAAUAUACUUUCGUCCCCAGAGUAUCAGACAAUAAUUUCAUGGCUCCCUCACGGACGGGCUUGGAGAGUUCUCAAGCCCAAAGAGUUUGAAGAGAAAAUUAUCCCAAAGUUCUUUCGUAGCUCCAAGUACGCCUCCUUUAUGCGACAGGUCAACGGGUGGAAUUUCCAGCGGAUUACUACUCCAGGUCCCGAUUUCAACGCCUACUGGCAUGAACUCUUCCUCCGUGGAUUGCCGGAUUUGUGCAUGAGAAUGAAGCGACCUCAAAAGAACGAUCCAGAUACACGGCAUGAAAACCCACCUGACUUCUACCGAGUUCACAAGUUUUCGCCUCUUCCACCAAGAAGCGGGGAGGCGGUUGAACCAAUAGUGGGACGUUCUUCUUCCAUGUCCUCUGUCAGCUCUGAUCCUCAACUGAAAGAACCAGGUACAUGUAAACGUGGUUCUGGGGAAGAAGUGUUUGGAGAGCACGGGCUCCCUGAGUUGGAUUCAUGGGAUGAAGGUCACGGUCGCCAUUCUGGAGAGGGGUCAGACCGAAAGCGAGGGCGACGCGGGACAAGCUCUGAGACACCUACUAGUCGAUUGUCGGAGGCUGAUUGCCACUAUUUGGUACAGCAGAAUCGAGCCCUGAUUGAACAGGCGCAUUUGCAACAACGCUACCAUCAGCACUAA